ACCUCGAGGAGGUUGAAAGAGUGUGAGCUCAUGCCUUCUCCAUUUACCUAUUUCUAGGGCUCCAGUCCAGCAAUGGCGAAUGGCGCUAGCUUGGCGCCAUCGAGCUGGGCAGCAUUCGCGGGAUCCACGACCAGCAGCGCUAAAUUCUCGCCUCUGCGCGUUGGAUUCUCGCCAAAGAGAAGGAUUAGGGCUUUGAUCGUCGCGGCGCAGCUGAGGCCAUCGCCGGCGGAGUCCGCUCGCACGCUCAUGGAGGUUUGCUCCGAGGGGACGCUCUCCACAUUGUCGAGCGACGGCUGGCCGAUUGGAAGCACAGUCCAAUUUGCAUUGGAUGUGAAUGGAUCCCCGGUGUUUUGCUUACGUCCACCGACUCUUCAUGCGAAGAAUUUGGGUGAUGAUAGCAGGAGUAGCCUCCAUGCACAGCUCGAUCAAAAUGGUCGACGAGCGCAAUGCACGUUGAAAGGACGUAUCUCGAGAGCAGAAAAAUCAAAGCUCGAUACAGUUUGGGAGCGUAGAUUUGGGGAGGACUGUCCCGAAGAGCACGAUUUGUUCACGAUGAACGUGGAGGAAGUUUUCCAAUGUCAGGAUUUAAGCGAGGAAGAAGUUUGGGUCUCUGGAGUAGACUACACCGGUGCUACUUCCGACCCUUUGAAGGAUUAUGCCCCAAGGAUCGUGGAAGACAUGAACAAGAAAAACUGGGAAGACAUUCUCCGAUUUUGUAGAGUGUAUGCUCAUCUGGAAGCAGAGGUCGAACAAGCGAGCCUCACUUGGGUGGAUCGACUCGGUUUCGACAUGAGAGUUCUAACAAGAUCUCCACCACGUAUCAUGGAAAUAAGAAUACCUUUCGAGCGGGAGGCUCUGGACGAACGGGACGCUCGCUCUUUGCUGACGAUGAUGGGCCAGGUUGCGUGGGAGAAAGAGCGAAAAGUUGCCAUUCCCGUUGCCAAGUGAGACCCUCCCUCUCUAUCCAAGGUACAUAUAUACUUCUCGAGAAUUUCUACCACUUAUAAACUUGAAAGAAUGAUUCAA